AUGAUAUCUCCUUAUACAAAAGUAGAAGAAUCAUUUAAUUUACAAGCAAUUCAUGAUAUUUUAAAUUAUGGAAUUUAUCCUCAACAAUUAAUCAUUGAAAAUUAUGAUCAUAUUAAAUUCCCAGGGGUUGUACCAAGAACUUUUAUUGGUAGUUUAAUUAUAGCAGGAUUAUCACAAUUAGUUAUCAAGGUUGAUAAAUUCUUAACCAUUGAUUUAUUGUCAUCGGUUGGUAAAGAUCAAUUGGAAUUACAGACAAUUGUUAGAUCAAUAAUUGGACUUGUUAAUAUAUUCAUGUUAUUAAAACUUCGAGAUUCAAUUAAUAAAAUAAGUUUUAAAUACAAAAACAAGAAAUCUAAAUAUUCAAUUGGAUUUUGGUAUACAAUCUUAUUAAUGUCUCAAUUUCAUUUAUUAUAUUAUUCUUCAAGAACAUUACCAAAUUUCAUCGUAUUACCAUUGGUUAAUUAUUCAAUUUCAAAAUUAAUUGUUGGUGAUUUAUCAGGUUUAACUUGGUUAGCAUUCUGUGGGAUUAUAUUCCGAUUAGAAAUUGGUUUAUUUGCCGUCAUAAUUGCUUUGGUCUCUUCUAUUAUAUUUGGACAAUCAAAUAUAUUCAUUAAUAUUGUAUAUCUUGCUGCUGGUAGUUUGAUUGGUGGAUUAACUUCAAUUUGUAUUGAUUCAUAUUUUUGGAAUAGACUCUUGAUUCCUGAAUUAGAUUCAUUUAUUUUUAAUAUUAUAGAAGGGAAAUCAAGUCAAUGGGGAGUUGAACCUUGGCCAGCAUAUUUUAGACAUUAUUUAUGGCAAUUGUUUAGACCUCCAAUUAUUUUGUUAUUGGCAUUACCUGGUUUAAUUAAUGAUCCAGCUGAUAAUGGCACAACUACACCUACAAAGACCAAGACAAUCUUAAAUCAUCCAGCAAGAAAUUCUUUACGAAUUCUUUUCAUUUCUUCAUUAUUAUACAUUAUUGCAAUGUCAUUCCAACCUCAUAAAGAAUGGAGAUUUAUAAUUUAUACAAUUCCAAUAUUCACAUUACAAGCUGCAAAUGGAUUAACUAAUAUCUUCCAUAAAACAACUAACUUAAUGAAUAAAUUAUUAUUCUUAAUUAUUAUGGCUGGAAUUCUAUUAUCAACAAUCUUAUCUAUUCAAAUGGGAUAUGUUUCAAGUUUUAAUUAUCCUGGAGGAAAUGCCCUUCAAUUCACCAAUAAUUAUAUCACCCAAAAUCCAUCCAAUUCCGACACUGUUAUUAUUCAUAUGGAUGUUCCAGCUUGUAUGACUGGUGUAAGUAGAUUUGGAGAAAUUCAUAACAAUCCUAAUAUCAAAUAUGAUAAAACUGAGGAUCAAACUCAAUUAGAAUCAUUGUGGAAUCAAUUUGAUUUCAUUAUUACCCAUGAUGAAAAGCUUGAUCCAAAGUCUUGGGAAUUGAUAUAUACUGAACCAAUAUUUAAAGGAAUUACAAUUGAACCAAUUGUAGAAUUAUUAAUUGCUCAAAGUAAAGAUAGGUCAAUCAUCAUUAAUCUUAUCAAGAAUAUCAUAGAUGAAUUAGUAAAGGGUGAAUCAAAUACUUUGAUUAACUUGUUAAGAUCAACUAUUUUGACUGAAGAUUAUUUAAAUGUUUAUAAAGCAUUAACUCCUCAUGAAUCGACAAUGCAUAUCACUCCUGAAUCAACAGCAAGUGAACCACAAGAUAUUGAUCCAGAAUCCCUUAAGAAAGAAAUCAAUCAACAGAUCGAUAAUUUAGAAGAAUCCUUUUCAGCAAUGGGACAAUGA